AAAAAACAUCAGUUGUUUGUUGACUUAAGGAACAACAAUGAAAUUCUUAAUUAUAUUCGCUUUGGCCUUGGCCACCGCUUCGGCUGGCGUAAUCGAACCCCGUAAUGUGGUUAUGCCUGUUUUGGAAAAUGAGGGACGUAUUACUAAUGGCAAUACUGCGUCGGUAGGUCAAUUCCCCUAUCAGGUUGGUCUUUCCUUAAGACUUAAUGCUCUCUCGUCAGCCUGGUGUGGUGGUUCUUUGAUUGGCAAGCAAUGGGUUUUGACUGCAGCUCACUGUACCGAUGGUAUACAAUCGGUUACCGUUUACUUGGGUGCCACCGUACGCACAUCUGCCGAAGUCACCUACACCGUUUCCAAGGACAACAUUAUCAUUCACUCUGGCUGGAACAGCAAUAACUUGAAAAACGAUAUCUCCUUGAUUCGCAUUCCUACCGUCAGCUAUACCUCUAAAAUCCAAGCUGUUAAAUUACCCGCCAUUGCCAACUCUUACUCUACAUAUGCUGGUGAUUAUGUUAUCGCUUCUGGUUGGGGUAAAAUCUCCGAUGCUGCCACCUCUGUUACCAACAACUUACAAUGGGCUCGUAUGCAAGUCAUUACCAACUCUUUGUGUGCUCAAACUUAUGGCAGCUCUAUUGUUACUUCCUCCAACAUUUGCGUUUCUACUCCUGGUGGUGUCUCUACCUGCAAUGGUGAUUCUGGUGGUCCUUUGGUUUUGGAAUCCAACAAAGUUCAAGUUGGUUUGACCUCAUUCGGUGCUGCUGCUGGUUGUGCUAAGGGUUAUCCUGCUGCCUUCACCCGUUUGACCAGCUACUUGGAUUGGAUCAAGGCCAAUACUGGUAUUUCCUACUAAACGAUUUUAAAGAUAUAAAUUUUUGAUUAAUAUGAUAA